GUUGUUGCCUUGUCCAUCUCAACACCGCCCUCUCGCACCGCUCCCAGUUUCCUUCUCUCCCAUCUUGCUUUUACCCAGCACAGACCACAGAGAUCAUCUCGAGCUCCAUCUACCGCCAAAGUGUUCCAUCUUUACCAACCGGUUGUUCCUUCCUCCACAAUAAUAUCGCACCUCAUCAACACAUCUGCCGACUUCUACAAAAAGCUCACAGCCACCUCAAACCUUCUUGCAAGCUCUCUCUCUCUCUCUCUCUCUCUCUCUCUCUGUAUUCUGCCACCAUGAGGGAGAUCCUGCACGUCCAGGCCGGGCAAUGCGGCAACCAGAUCGGCGGCAAGUUCUGGGAGGUGGUGUCGGACGAGCACGGCAUCGACGCCAAGGGAAACUACGUGGGCAGCUCCCCCCUGCAGCUGGAGAGGGCCAACGUCUACUACAACGAGGCCAGCGGCGGCCGGUACGUGCCUCGAGCCGUGCUUAUGGAUCUGGAGCCGGGAACCAUGGACGCGCUGCGCACCGGGCCCUACGGCCAGCUCUUCCGCCCCGACAACUUCGUCUUCGGCCAGAACGGCGCCGGCAACAACUGGGCCAAGGGCCACUACACCGAGGGCGCCGAGCUCAUCGACGCCGUCCUCGAUGUUGUCCGCAAGGAGGCCGAGAACUGCGACUGCCUCCAAGGGUUCCAGAUCUGCCACUCGCUGGGAGGAGGGACGGGGUCGGGGAUGGGGACGCUGCUGAUAUCCAAGAUCCGGGAGGAGUACCCGGAUCGGAUGAUGCUGACCUUCUCGGUGUUCCCGUCGCCCAAGGUGUCGGACACGGUGGUGGAGCCGUACAACGCGACGCUGUCGGUGCACCAGCUGGUGGAGAACGCCGACGAGUGCAUGGUGCUCGACAACGAGGCCCUCUAUGACAUCUGCUUCAGGACCCUCAAGCUCACCAACCCCAGCUUUGGUGAUCUGAACCACCUCAUCUCCACCACCAUGAGCGGCGUGACGUGCUGCCUGCGCUUCCCGGGGCAGCUCAACUCCGACCUGCGCAAGCUCGCCGUCAACCUCAUCCCCUUCCCCCGCCUCCACUUCUUCAUGGUGGGAUUCACGCCGCUGACCUCCCGCGGGUCGCAGCAGUACCGCGCCCUCACCAUCCCCGAGCUCACGCAGCAGAUGUGGGACGCCAAGAACAUGAUGUGCGCUGCCGACCCCCGCCACGGCCGCUACCUCACCGCCUCCGCCAUGUUCCGCGGCAGGAUGAGCACCAAGGAGGUGGACGAGCAGAUGAUCGCGGUGCAGAACAAGAACUCCUCCUACUUCGUGGAGUGGAUUCCCAACAACGUCAAGUCCAGCGUCUGCGACAUCCCCCCCACCGGCCUCUCCAUGUCCGCCACCUUCAUGGGCAACUCCACCUCCAUCCAGGAGAUGUUCAAGCGCGUGUCGGAGCAGUUCACCGUCAUGUUCCGCCGCAAGGCCUUCUUGCACUGGUACACCGGGGAAGGCAUGGACGAGAUGGAGUUCACCGAGGCCGAGAGCAACAUGAACGACCUCGUCUCCGAGUACCAGCAGUACCAGGACGCCGUGGCCGACGCCGACGAGGAGGAAGCCUACGGUGAUGACGUUGAGGAGAACUAAAAGUCCACGCUUUCAUGCAUGCAUGUAUGCAGGCAGAUGAGCUGCUGGUUUACUUUCCUUCAGUGUGUGAUUGGUAUUGUCGAGCUCUGUCAUCGAUUUCUACGCAUCGACUAUGUCAUAUUUCUCUCUCUUUAUAUAUAGUGGAUGGCUUGCAUUAAGAGUCCAUUGGGUA